ACCCGAAAUACGCAAAAGCUUUCCUUUUCUUCCUCCGAGCAUCUUUGUAGUGUCCUGUGGUUUGUCUUCCGACAGCAGCAGCAGCAGCAGCAGCAGCUCCUUUCCUUCUUUCUCCUUCUCUUUUAAGCAAACCGCCCCCUUUAGAUCUCGAGCUCUCGAGCUUACCCGGAUCACCGACGAGCUGAUUCGUCUAGCCUGGACUACUGCUGGGAAGUUUGGUGGUCGAAUUCUUAUCGUUAUGGCGGUGCAAGAAGCUGGUUCAGCCCCUACUCCCGGCGCGCAAGUUGUGGCUAAUGCCUUUGUGGAGCAGUAUUACCACAUCCUUCACCAGUCUCCUGGUCUGGUUCAUAGAUUUUACCAGGACUCGAGUGUUCUAGGUCGGCCAGAUGUCAGUGGCAACAUAACAACGGUUAAAACAACGCAAGCUAUCAACGAAAAGAUACUCUCUUUGAACUAUGAGGAUUAUACGGCAGAGAUAGAAACAGCAGAUGCUCAGGAGUCCUAUGGUAAUGGUGUGAUUGUUUUGGUAACUGGAUGCUUAACUGGAAAGGACCAUGUGAGGAGAAAAUUCACUCAGACAUUCUUUCUAGCUCCCCAAGAAAAAGGAUACUUCGUUUUGAACGAUGUUUUUAGGUUUCUUGAGGAGAAUGAACCAAUACCUAUCCAUUCUACUGCAAACAAUGGCAUAAGUAAUGCCACUGCAACAGCUGCCUUGCCUCUAGAACAAGAGCCUGCCAAGGUUCCCGAUGAACUUGCUGCAAAGCUGCCGACUCCCUUGGUGGAGGAGGAACAGCUUAAUAAUGGACCCGAGAUUCUUAUUCCUUCUGGCAAUGGAGGAUAUGUGAUUGAAGACAAGGCUAUUGAAUCCACUCCUCAUAAGAUUGAUUCCUGCUUGGCAAGUGAGGAAGAUGCUCCAAAGAAAUCUUAUGCAUCAAUUGUCAAAGUAAUGCAAGGGCAUGCAGUGACCAGCAAAGUAACUGUUCCUUCCAAGAUGGAAAGGACUCCACCACCACCUGCAAGCGAUACUCAACAGCUAUCUAAGAAAGCUUCUGUCAUAACUCCCAACCCUAGUACUGACAUUGCCCCUGAAAGCAGUGAUGUUCAUGAAGAAGCAGCAGAGGGUCGUUCGAUAUUCAUCCGGAACUUGCCUUUUGACGCAACAGUUGAACAGCUUGAGGAGGAGUUUAAAAAAUUUGGGCCUAUCAAGAGUAAUGGCAUUCAAGUUAGGAGUUCUAAGCAAGGUUCGUGCUUUGGCUUCAUCGAGUUUGAAACAUCAAGUUCCAGGGAAAGUGCUCUUAAGGCAUCACCAAUAACAAUCGGGGAUCAUCGAGCGUUAAUCGAAGAGAAGAGAACUACUACCCAAGUGGCAAACAGUGGAAGAGGGAGGUAUUCUUUGGGAAGAGGCGGAUUCAGGAAUGACAGUUUUAGGGGCCGCCGGAACUUUGGUGGCGGCCGGGGCUAUGGAAGGAAUGACUUCCGAAACCAAGGGGAAUUCUCGCCGAGGGGUCCAAUGGGACGCGGUGGAGACGGCUAUCAACGCGCUUAUCAGAAUGGGAAUGCAAAGGGCAGCCGUGAAGGUGCAAAUUGAAUGGAUGGCGCUGCAUAAAGUAACAUUGACGUGACAAGACAGCAGUAGUAAGUAGGCAAGCAAUUUUGAGAGUAGAGAGCUGUUCCGAUCGACCUCUUUUUGCUCAUCACGGUUUUUUCUUGUUUCGAUUUUUAACAAAGGUAUAGUCAUUUGGGUAAUAUUGCAGUUUGUGCAAUUUUUUUGGCUGCCGGCGGUUUCUCUGGUCGGUACAUACCUUGUAGACAAACCUUUGGCUGCUAGCAGGUCCAUCUAUUGAUCAAUGUGAGACUUCAAUUGAGUUUUGUGAUUGACCCUCGACUAUAGUCAUCUUCCCUUGA